CUGCAAUACCAGACGAAGUAGAAGAAGAAAGAAAACAACGCAAUUGGCGAAAAUUGAAGAGAACGCUUACAAAUGCUUUAAUUGGCUGCGAUAAAGAUUUGAAAAAAUAUGUCGCUUGUAGAUCAUGACUCAUGGGACAUCGAGUUUGAGGGCUGCGAACGUCUGCGACAUCAGCUGCUUGGUCUGCUGCACAAGCGGAGGCAGCUGGGCGGCGCCGUCGCCUCUCCGGAAUAUGCAAAGCUAACGAACAGCAUUGAUGUGAGCCGUGAGCAGCUGGCCAAAGAUGUGAAACAUCUCAAGGUCGUUCUGGAUAAUGCCAUCACUUGGGAGUCCUGUUCAGAGCAUGAGCUGCAGCAGCGUCGCAUAAACUUCGACAAGCUCAACUCAGACUUACGCAGCAUAGAUGCCACGAUCAACAGCAACAGCGCACGCCCCUCAACCAGCUCCACCUCAGUCUGGCAGCAAAUGGGCACAACAGCCGCUGCUGCUGCUCCGCCCUCAGAUAUUGUCAGCUUAAAAUUAACCCAGGCCGCGAUACUCGAGGAACAGGAUCGGGGACUGGAGGCGCUGUCGGCGACCCUUUCGCGACAGCGCCAGCUGGCCACCCAGGUCUACGAAGAGGUGGACGAUCAGCAUAAUAUACUGGACAAUCUGGCCAACACAAUGGAUCGCGUGGAAGCGGGCGUGCAGCGUGAAACGCGCACCAUUGGCCAGGUGACCAGAAAGGAUAGCACCUGGGGCUAUUGGCUGGUCAUAGUACUGCUCUUUGUGGCCAUUCUUAUUGUGGUGCUUGUCUGAGGGACAGGUUACAACUAUGUUGCGAAUAGGAGCUAGAUAUAUCGGUAUAUAU